AUGGCCCUGCGCCUUAGCGGACAACUCUUGCUCGGCGUGGCUUUUCGACCCGGCGUCGUUGACCUCACCGAAGACCAACUGAACGUCAACACAACGACCAUUACCUUGCAAGCUAACACAAUUGAUGUUAAUCUAGUGCUUCCAGACGACAAUUGGGACAUGGGAUUCAUCGACCGUCCACUUCGCGACUCUGGGCACCACCAAGCACAAAUUGAAGAUAUCACCCUUCCUCUGACCAAUGGACUCGAUCACUUCGGAACCUUUGACAACUUUGACAUUGGGCCUUCCGACGGUAUUGGGUCUCAAGACUUCCAAGAUAUUGACCUUGGUAUUGACUGGGAUGGGGCACCCGCCCGGGAGAAUGAAGACGGGAUGAGUGUCGACCAUGAAAGUAUUGGCGUUGGGCGAGAUGCUGCAAGCGUUCACAGCAUGCGUAGUUUUCAUCUCAACGGCAUUUCCAAAGGAAUCGACCUCGACAUGCAAUCGAUUCGCAGCUUGAGUCGUGACCCGUCAGAGCCACCUUUCCAGUCUCAAAUGGACAUGGACUUCCCCGACUUUGGUGGAAUGGAUUUGGAACUUCCAGAUACCCCAGCUGCAGAUGACAAUCCCCUGCCGGAUACCAACGUUGAACCGAAACCCGUUAGGAAGCCCAGGGAAAGGAAGCAAAUCAUCGACUCGGUGACAGAGAUGGCAGAUGGCCCCGGGUUCGCAUCUCAAGGGGACGGCCCUUUCAAGGAUGUUAGUAAUAUCGUCACUGAACAGCGCUUCCUUCCCCGCACAGCACUGGAAAUGAAACUGUUUGCCAUUGGAGACGAUCCCCUACCCCAUUUCCUUCCUACCAAAACCAUCAACAAUGACCUCUUCCUCUCGGCCGGGCCCCCAGGAUUAGCACCUGAACUGGCUGAACUUUUCCUCCGUCCUCUCGAGUCGUCUGGUCAGAAGCGACGAUACGCUUCGGUUGCUCCUGAUGGUAGCAAACGUAUCAGGCUCGACGAGGACGAAGUGGAGGCAGGUCGACGGGGAGUGAGCCUGGCUCCAAGCAUUGCUGGGCUUACUGACAAGGGCGGGGAAGACCACAACCUAACUGGAGACUUCGACUUCGGGGACCAAACGGGGGGCUUGGACGAGUAUCAGCUGGACCUUCCCAACGAAGAUGGAUACGGCAACGUCGACUUUGAACUGGGGAGGUCCAGGUCUGUCUCAGUCGCUCCUAGCGUCCGAAGCAGAUUGUCUACACCUGGGGCUGAGGGAUGGGAGGGAGAGGGAGGUUACAUAGACUCAAGCUGUCCCAUUGCCAUGUUCGAUCGACGCCAACCUCCGACACAAGCGCAGGAAGAGGCCCAAGAAGCAGACGCCAAAGGAUUCAGCAAGAACACAGUGAAAGCACUGGGUUUCGUUCGCAAGGAGCUGCAGCCAACCGAUGAUGUGGAGGAUGUCACUAUGAGCUUCAACGCGAUGGCUACGAAGGCAACCCGUCGCGCAGCUGCGUCAUUCUUCUUUGAGCUUCUUGUCCUUGGAACGAGAGACUGCGUCAAACUUACACAACCCGCGCCUUUCGAAGACAUCCGAGUUCAAGGGAAACCCAGACUCUGGCAGGCACAGAGGCACAGUCCUCGUUCAUCUGAAUAA